AUGUCCAACGGCAUGCUCGAGGGCGUGGCCGUCGUCGAGGCGGACCGCUGGGGCGACGCGAUGCAGACGUGGUCCUUCCCGGAGCUCGGCGGCGUGCCGCUCGACAGGUGCGGCCUCGGCGAGGCGGACGAUUCCUACGGCGUGCUGCGCUUCUGGAGCGUGGGGCCCCUGUGCUACUACUGCUUCCCGGAGAAGGUCGGCAAGGCCCUCGAGUUCACGAACGCCGCGGCCUUUGCGCUCGUCUUCUCGUCGCGCGAGCGGCACCCGGCGCGCGCGCUCGCGCUCAUGCGCGAGUGCCUCGUGCCCGCCUACCGCGAGGGCGGGCCCAUGAAGCUGCUCCAGGCCUUCCUCACGCUGCAGACGUCCGGCGCGUCGCCGGGCGGCGCGACGAACUACCUCGCCUUCGCCGCGGACAAGGGCGGCGCGCCGCCGGGCACGACGGAGCUCGUCGUCGAGGCGCCCGACGACGACGACGCGUAG